ACAACAUAAUGGCAUAGCAGAACAGAUGAAUCGUACCAUUGUGGAAAAGUCUAAUGCAUGUUAAGAAUGGCAAUGCUACCUAAGCCAUUUUGGGGUGAAGCAGUCAACACGGCAGUGUAUUUGAUCAAUCGGUCACUUGCAGUUCCUAUGAACUUUGAAAUCCAAGAGAAAGCAUGGACGAGAAAUGAUGUUGGAUACUCUCAAUUGAGAGUGUUUGGGUGCAAAGCAUUUAUGCACGUGCCAAAGGAACACAGAUCAAAGCUGGAUGAUAAAGUCAUUCCAUGCAUUUUUGUUGGAUAUGGUGAUGAGGAGUUUGGCUGCAGACUAUGGGACCUAGAAAAGAAGAAAACUGUCAGAAGUAGAGAUGCCGUGUUUCAUGAACACGAGAAAAUUAAUGAUUUGAAGGAGGAAAAAGCUACAAGAAGCUUUGGAGAAGGUGUAGAAGAUCUAACACUAGCAAAAACUUCUUCAAGAAAAAUUACAAAUGAAGAUGAGGUGCAAGUACCAGAAGAUGAGACAGAGGAGCCAACAAUUGAAAAAGAUGAAGCAAGUGUAGAUGGAGGAAGUAAUGAGAAGGGGGAGCAACCCCUGCCAUAAGAGGAAGGACCUCCAAAGAGCACAAACCAUCUACAAGAUACCCUGGUUCUGAUUAUAUCUUGAUCACUGAAAAGGGGGAGCUAGAGAACUUCUAGUAGGUACAGUCUCAUAAAGACAAAGAUUGUUG